GGGGACCGUUCGAGGCUUCUUUUCGUCCUGCUAAUGCUUCUUUUCCUCCAUUUCUGCUCUAUUCCUGCUUGGGCUGCCCAGGGACCAGGGCCGUAUCCCUUUCCAGAAUCUGGUUAUGCUUCGUACACAGCCAUCUUCACGAUUGGCCAAUGAACACGGGUCCUUUAAUGAACCCUCUCGUACUAGGAAGGUGGGUAGGUGAGUCGGUAGGUGGGUGGGUGUUCUUCUUCUGAAGGGGUUUCAUGAAGUAAUACCAAUGCUACCAAUGCUACCAAUACUACGAAUGCCACCAAGGCCACCAAUGCCACCAAUGCCGCCAAUGCCACACCUCGUACAUGCCACAUGCCACAUGCCAUGAAGGAGGGCUGGUGCGAUUGCUCUUCAAAACAACCCUCUUGCCGGCACUUGCCCGUCCGUCUCUUCCCAACAACACCUUCUCGCACAUCUAGCACAGCCACGCUUAUAGGCGUUCGAUCGCUACGAGCUAGAGAGAAGAUGCUUACGCUACAAAGGCCAUCUUAAACACCCAGAUCGAGGAACAUAGGGGUCCGAUAUUGCAUUCAAUACACCGUAUAUAUACUACUACGCAGUUAUACACAAUCGCACAACUACCGAACCAAUCUCCAUCCUCCACCGACUUCUCACUUUGUAGUUGCCGUUUCAGAUCCAUGCCAAAGGAGAAUUUACGCGUGUGAAAAAUUGGGAACAUUCAAAUCCAGGCCGCGCUAAACAGGGGAUGCGGCUAUUCAUAAUUCGUAACCAUUUCAAUCAAAUCAAUUGCGCAUUACUUGGAAUGCGUGAAACUCCCCAAGAUUUUUGAUUCUUCCAUAAUUCAUCAUGUCGACGGCUGCGGAAAAGGCAAAUCUUGCGCGCAUACGAGAUAAUCAAAGACGAUCCCGCGCUCGCAGAAAAGAGUAUCUUCAAGAGCUCGAGGCACGAUUGCGCCAAUGCGAGCUCCAAGGUAUUGAAGCAUCUUCUGAAAUUCAGCUGGCAGCAAGAAGAGUAGCAGAUGAGAACAAGAAAUUGCGAAGUCUGCUGGCACAACAUGGGGUAGGAAAUGAAAUGGUGGAAACAUAUCUACAAAUGAGUUCCGAAGAUUUAAUAAUAUCGGCGCAAUAUGGGAGUGAAAGUCCUUCGGUACAACAGUUAGAACAUUUACUCCAGGCGAGAAAACUAUGUUGUGCGGAUGGAAGUAUUGAUCCGACGAGUACGACAACGAUGGGGCAGGCGAUUCAAAGUCGAGAGAGUUCUUAUAGUGGAAAUACUGUCCAUUCGAUAUGGGAUCCAGUGCAGCCCUCACGGAGUAUGAGCGUAGGACAGACACCAACAUCGAGCAGCAAAGGAUUCUCACAGGCCCAACAAUUCAUGAGUCCAAGAAGAAGUAGCGCAGCAAGUCGACAUAGCAGUAUAAGUCAGAAUCAUAGCACGGCCGGGACUGUCCAUAAUCGACAACCACAGCAACAGCAACAGCAACAAAGAUUCAAUAUGACACCAAUAACAUUGCCAAACUCACAACAGCAGAACAGGCCAUCGAGUCUCUCCAUCCAAUCUCCUCAAAUCUAUGAAUACGAGCCGCAAUAUAUAUCAAAUCAAUCCCACAACACACUUUCUCCACAGACCCCUCAGAUGCAUUCCCAUCUACAAUCCCACACAAAUUCGAAUCCUAAUUCUCGUUCAUCAAUUUCAUCUCAUCAAAUGUCACCUCCAAUAUCAUCAACAUACAACACAAAUAUACCUUCGGAGAAUAGCGGAACCAACCUGAAUAGCUGCGUAUUUGCAACCGACAUGAUAACGACCAUGGCCGGCGGCGACCCCGCCGUAGUUCGUGCAGAAUUAGGCUGUAUGCCCGGUAUGGAUUGCAACGUGGACAACCAGUUAGUCUUUCACGUAAUGGACCGAUAUACAGAAAAUGGUGUAGGCUUAUGACUAUUGCAGGGCAGAGCGAAAUCAAAAUUUAAUGUAAUUCUUACGUGUUCGGAUACCCCUCACUUUCUACAUAUUUCACGGGCAGCGAUUGGAACAAUUCAAAAAGCGUUUUAUUUUUCCGUUUUAUUGGGUAUCUGUUAAUGAGUAAGUAGUCCUUACUUACUUUUACUCGAAUUGGAGGUUUAGUGACCCAGCUUUGAAUUUCUCUUGUAUAACCCUGCUAUUCGAGGUUGAAUAUCAGAACAGCAUCUAGAACGUCCAAAAUGAAUUACCUAAAAAGUAUCAAAGUCUCGCAAAUCCCCAUACA